AAAAUUACCAACAACCUUUUUGUUGAGUUCUUUGUUCCAGUCGAAUUUAUUUGCUAAUAUCUCCUCAAAUUUAUAAGAGAUAAUGGCUGGAAAUAAGAGAAGGAGGGAGACCGUUUCGAAUGGCACCGAUAAGCCAAAGAACGAUAACUCUUCUCAACAAAAUGGAACUACAUCGUCUCUUUCUGCUAUGGAAUCCUCUGGAGAUUUCCCUCGUGGAGGAGGCUCCACGUUGACACCUCUUGAAUAUAAAGAGGCUGUAACAGAAGCCAAACGAGAGGCCCUUAUGGGUACUGAUGGAGCUGAAGUUACCAAGACUUCAACCAAACCAACCAAAAAGAAAAAGAAGGUGGCUGCUAAGGCCACUCCUUCUAACGAAGAAGACUUGUCUUCAGUGCCUGUCGAAAGCUUGAAGUAUAAAAACAUUGUACCAGGAACAUUGCUUUUGGGACAGAUCUCUCAAAUUAAUACCUUAGAUAUAGCUGUAUCCUUACCUAAUAACCUUACCGGAUAUGUACCUAUUACCAACAUCUCUGAUAAGCUUUCUCACCGUCUUGAAAAUUUGGAUGAUGCUGCAGCUGGUACCGAGAACGAAGUCGUUGAUCAGAUCGACGAAUUUAAUAACUUUCCCGAUUUAAUUGAUCUUUAUCAUGUUGGACAAUGGGUUCGUGCAUGCGUAACGAAAGUUGGUAUGGAAGAGUCAAAAAACAAUAAAAAGCAUAUUGAGUUGAGUAUGCGCCCUCAAGAUGCAAAUGGUUCCACAGAAGAUGCUAACAACUUUACGCGUGGGUCCGUGAUUCAAGCUGCAGUUAGCAGCGUGGAAGACCACGGUAUUGUUUUCGAUGUGGGACUGAAGAACUUUACCGGCUUUUUGUCAAAAAAUAAGGUAGGAGAAUUUACGUUUGCAGAAGGUCAAAGCUUGAUUUGCACCGUUCUAUCAAAAGAUCAACGUAUUUUUCACCUAUCCCUUUCCACGCCAGCUUCGGCUCCUCUAGAUGUUUUGCCUUCUGUUCAAGCUAUUCUUCCCGGUAACUAUAUUAAUGUGCUAAUUACUGAUCUCAAAGAUAAUGGUGUCGUCGGAAAGUAUAUGGGUGUCGUUGAUGUAACCAGUGACUUGUACCAUUGUUCUGCUAAUCAGACAAAAGAUUUGGAAAAACAAUUCAAACUUGCCAAAUCUUCGCCGGCUCGCGUACUUUUCGUCAUCCCUGGUGAUCCUCCAAAGAUUGCAAUUUCUUUCUUACCUCAUGUUCUGAACUUUAAUUUUGAUUCAGCAAAACCCCAAAAGCUUGACCAGCUUGAUGUUGGAUUUAUCAUUGACAGUGCUAAAGUAACAUACGUUAGUCCUUCUCUUGGCGUUUUUUGUGAUGUAGGCGUUCCUGGUAUCUACGGUUUUACCCAUAUCUCUCGUUUGUCGGAUAAAAAGGUAGCAAACGUUAACUCAAAUAAUGGUCCGUAUAAGCUUAAUAGUGUACACCGUGCCCGUGUAAUUGGCUAUAGCUACGUUGACAACUUGUUCAUCUUGUCCUUCCAGAAUUCCGUUUUAGAACAACCCUUUUUACGUAUUGAAGAUAUACAAGUUGGUCAACAUGUGGAGGGUACUGUGUCAAAGCUAAUUCCACAAGGUAUCGUCGUCUCCGUUGCAGAUGGAAUCAAUGCAUUGGUGCCAUCAUCUCAUAUGUCAGACAUUGCUUUGCAGUUUCCCGAGCGACGUUUUAAGGUUGGAGCUACUGUCAAGGGUCGCGUGUUGACGACGAAUGUUCUGAGAAGAAGAGUUAUCGUCACAUUAAAGAAGUCCCUUUUAAACAGUGAAUUGCCUCCAAUUUGCACUUAUGAAGAAGCAACACCAGGUACUCGUGCUAUAGGUGUUCUUGCCCGUGUCUUAGAAGAUGGUGCGGUUGUAGAGUUUUACAACAGCGUUCGAGGUUUCUUGCCUGUGUCUGAGAUGAGUGAAGCUUAUAUACGGGAUGCGAGGGAACAUUUUAAGAUUGGUCAAACUGUUUCUGUUACUAUUCUUAGCUGUGAACCAUCUGAACGUAAAAUGAGAGUCAGCUGUCGUGAGCAAAAUUGGGACGAAAAAAGACUUGAACAAUUUAAUAAUAUUCCUUUGGGCUCUGUUGUUUCCGGUUCGGUUUUACAGAAAACUGAAAAUUCUGUUAUUGUCGAUUUGGGUAACAAAGUCUCAGGCGUCAUCGCUUUAGGUCAUUUGUCAGAUGGCGAUCUUACCAAGUGUACUAAGGUUUUGAAUAAACUUCGUGUUUCUACUAAACUAACAGAUGUGUUGGUUCUUCGAAAGGGCCAAGACAAAAAAAAUAUAAGCCUGUCAUUAAAGAGGAGUCUUAUAGAAGCUGCUAAGGAAGAACGCUUCCCCAAGGCUAUAGAGGAAAUAAAAGAGGGUAUCAAAUAUGCUGGUUUCGUCCGCAAUACAACCGAUUUCGGUGUUUUCGUCGAGUUUUGUGAUGGCUUAGUAGCGUUGGUACCCAAAGCUUAUUUGUCAGAAGACUAUGUACCUGUACCAGGAGCAUUAUUUAAAUCUCUGCAGUCUGUUGAAUGUGUUUGUCUCUCUGUGAAUCUUCAGCAGAAGAAAAUUUUCAUGUCUUUCAAGCCUUUAUCUUCUAAUAAACAAAGGGUAACUGAAGUUUUGGAUAGCAAAUAUGACAUUGAAAAACCUGUAGAUGAGUCUAUUAAGAAGACUUAUAAUUAUACGACCGGAAAGAUCACAUGGGGUAUUAUAACUUCAGUCAAAGCUUCUCAGCUUAACGUUGAAUUGGCCGCUAAUUUACAAGGUCGUGUUGAAGUUUCUGAGGUAUUUGACCGACUUGAGGAUAUUGAGAAUCUCAAUAAGCCUCUUAAAAACUUCAAGAAAGGUGAUAAAAUCCGUGUCCGUGUUUUAGGUAUCCACGAUUCAAAACAUCAUAAGUUUUUACCUAUCUCACAUCGUGUUGCUCCCAAACAAUUUUUGGAGUUGAGUAUGCGUCCUUCUGUCAUGAGUAUGGAGCCCUUCAAAUUAGAAACUCCCUCGUUCAAGAAAGGAGAUUCUGUUGUUGCUUAUGUUAACAAUACGUCUCAGGAGUGUGUGUGGGUUUCUAUUACGACGACAAUUAACGGAAGGAUCAUGGCUAUGGACUUGGAUAAUGAUGCGGAAGUUAUCAAUGCUAUACCUAAAUACUUUUUUGGGGGUAAAGCUUUGAAGUGUACAGUAAUUGAUACCUCAAAAAUUCUCAGUCUUUCCCUCAUAAAACCUGUUGACGGUUAUGAAUCCGUCAAUGUAGGGGAUAAAUUCGUGGGAAGAGUGACAAAUGUAAAUGACAGCGGAGCGAUUGUUCACCUUCCUGGUCAUUUAUCUGGAAGAGUUUCUCGUUUAGACAUGUCAGAUGAUUACGAUAUUGCUCCGAGUGAAAAAUUUGUUCGUAAUAAAUACAUUUCGGUAUAUGUUUUGGACGUUGAUGUUCCAAAUAAGAAAAUUGCCCUUUCCGCUCGUGAAUCUAGAGUAAAGCCACAAACAGCUGAGGUAAAAGAUCGAGAAGUGGAAUCCAUUGAAGAUCUGAAGCCUGGUGAUAUCUGUCGUGGAUUUGUUUCCAACGUUGCAGAUCAAGGUCUUUUCGUUUCAUUAAGUCGCAAUUUGGUUGCCAGAGUAAAGAUUGCAGAACUCUUUGAUACUUUCAUUAAAGAAUGGAAGACACAAUUCCAAGUUAACAAGCUCGUGAGAGGAAAAAUACUCAGUGUUGAUUACGAUACCAAGCGUAUCGAAAUGACACUUAAACCCAGCAAAAUAGAUGAAUCUUCUUCGAUUACGACUGCGUUUUCUGAUAUACAGGUUGGAAGUAACGUUGAUGGUACUGUUGCUAAAGUUGAAGAUUAUGGUGUUCUUAUUCAAAUCGAUAGCACUGAUGGCAUUUUAGGUUUGUGUCAUAAAUCUGAAAUCGCAGACGCUGUUGUCAAUGAUAUAAGCAGAUUAUACAGCGUAGGUGAUAAAGUUCGCGCCCACGUUUUGGAUGUUAAUCCUGAGAAACGACGUAUCUCGUUAGGUUUAAAAUCGUCAUACUUUGAUGCAGAUUCAGAUGUUGAAUUAUCAGAUGAAAUCGAAAUGCAGUCCGCCGAUGAAAGCUCUGAAGACGAAAUGGAAGAAGAUCAGCAGUCCGAGGCAGAAUCCGACAAAAGUUCAUCGUCUGAAGAUGAAAAUGAUAAUGACGAAACUGCUGCAUUGAACGUUAAUGGUUUUGAUUGGGACGAUAACUCUACCGUCUUCGAUAAACCUGCCCAUGAAAUAUCUGAAAGCGAAAGUGAAGAUGAUGAAACUCCUAAACGUAAGAAGUCAAAAUCUGACCAUUUCAAUGAUGAGGAGCGCAACUUAGAUGAAGCUCCACGCUUACCCGUGGACUUUGAGCGUCAAUUGCUAUCAUCACCCAACUCAUCCUUUUUAUGGAUCAGUUAUAUGGCUUACCAAUUGAACCUUAAUGAGAUUGAGAAAGCUCGUGAGAUUGGCCAACGGGCUUUGACAACAAUUAAUUACAGGGAAGAAGAGGAAAAGUUGAACGUUUGGAUGGCAUUGCUUAAUUUGGAAAUUGCCUACGGAACGACAGAUUCUCUUCAAAAGACUUUCAAGGAUGCUUGCGCACACUGUGAACCUCUGGUUAUAUAUGAAAAGUUGUGUGGUGUCUUGAUCAAGAGUAACAAGAUGGAUCUGGCUAAUGAAUAUAUGGAAGGUAUGCUGAAGAACUUUAAGCAAGUCCCAGGCGUUUGGAUUCAGUAUGCUUCUUUCCUUUUGACAAACGGUAACGAAGAUAAGGCAAGAGGCUUGCUGCAGCGUAGCUUGCAGAGCUUACCUAAAUCUGAACAUGUUAAAAUAAUUGAGAAGUUUGCUAUCCUUGAAUUUAAACAAGGUGACCCUGAACGUGGUCGCACCGUGUUUGAAGGAUUGUUGAGCAAUUAUCCGAAACGUCUCGAUUUAUGGAAUGUCUUAAUUGAUAUGGAAAUCAAGCAAGGCGAUACUGCUAUCGUUCGUCGUCUCUUUGAGCGUGUGUUAGCAUCCAAGCUUUCUACAAAGAAAGCUAAGUUUAUUUUUAAGAAAUGGUUGACUUAUGAAAAGGAAAUUGGCGACAACAAGGGUGUUGAAGCAGUUAAGCAAAAGGCAUUGGAAUAUGUGUCUGGAAAUCGGGAGGAUUAAUCUCUCAAUCCAAAUAUAUAUUCUUUUGGGAUAUCAACGUUAGCAUGAUGAUUGCGCCUAUCUUUGACAGUUUCAAAAGAAAUUAAUAUGUAUCAGGACAGUGAUACAGUCAAUGGCUUUUUAUAUGGUUUGGUUUUUUGGAUUUAAUUUCCUCUAAAAUGGAUGAUAAGAUUGGGAAGACUUAUGGUUAGAAGUUAUAUCUUAUAGUAUUUCAUUGAAAAAAAGGUUAUUUAUCGGAUUUAAUAAAAGUGUUUUGAAUAAAAAGUUAUAGUAGUUGCA